CUAUUGGUGCCUGCGUCUCUGUGUCUAUCCAAACAACCAAGUUUAGCAUAGAAAUGCGAGCUUUCCUUCAAUGAGCCCUUGAAACGGAAAGACCAAAGUAUUUUAGAUAGGUGUGGUUAUGUCGUUCUUGGUCAAGACCACUAACUGUCACCAUUUAUCUUCCACUGCCAUGGCAAUGUGUUCAAGCUUUUGCCCUCAUCUUCCAAACCACCUUGGAGGGAGACCUGCUUACUUAUUCCCUACAAAACCACUUUCUUUUUCUUUCAAGGCUUUCUCUUCUCAAGCAUCCAAUGCUUCAUCCAAAGAUGAAUUGCAAACUCGUGUGGGUUUCCUUGGCCUCGGAAUUAUGGGUUCUCCGAUGGCACAGAACCUCAUAAAAUCUGGGUGUGAUGUGACUGUUUGGAAUAGGACCAAGAGCAAAUGUGAUCCACUCAUCAGCUUAGGUGCAAAAUAUAAACCCUCUCCUGAGGAAGUCGCUGCAUCUUGUGAUGUCACAUUUGCCAUGCUUGCUGACCCUGAAAGUGCUGUUGAUGUUGCUUUGGGGAAGCAUGGAGCUGCAAAUGGGAUGAGUUCAGGAAAAGGGUAUGUGGAUGUUUCAACUGUUGAUGGUGCAACUUCAAAAUUGAUUAGUGGACAUAUCAAAUCUACUGGGGCAUCAUUUUUGGAGGCUCCAGUUUCGGGCUCAAAAAAGCCAGCAGAAGAUGGACAACUAAUAUUUCUCACUGCAGGUGACAAAUCUCUCUAUGAAAUAGCAGCACCGCUUUUAGAUGUCAUGGGGAAGUCAAGAUUUUACCUUGGGGAUGUCGGAAAUGGUGCUGCUAUGAAACUUGUUGUGAACAUGAUCAUGGGAAGUAUGAUGGCAUCAUUUUCUGAAGGCUUGCUUCUCACUGAGAAAAUAGGACUGGACCCAAAAGUACUAGUUGAGGUUGUCUCGCAAGGAGCCAUUAGUGCACCAAUGUACUCAGUCAAGGGCCCAUCAAUGAUUCAGUCCCUCUAUCCUACUGCAUUUCCCUUGAAGCAUCAACAAAAGGACCUAAGGCUUGCUCUGGGAUUAGCAGAAUCUGUUUCCCAAUCCACGCCAAUCGCAGCGGCUGCAAAUGAACUAUACAAGGUAGCAAAAUCACAUGGGCUCAGCGACGAGGACUUUUCAGCUGUCAUUGAAGCGUUGAAACCAAAGUUGCAGCAAUAGGCAAAGUAGUUGAUAGUCAAUUUUUUCAUGAAAGUAACUAUCAAAGUGAAAUCAUAUCUUACACAUUUCUCAAUUGUUUUGUGCUUCGUUCUUUUAUUUUCAAUGAUUAAGGGCAUGUAGGGAAGAGUCCAAUGAAAAUGAUCAAUUCUGUGGCGCCUCAGCCCUGUAUAGAAAGUUGGAUAUUCUCUU